AUCGUCCCCACGCGCUGAGUUCGUUGUUUUCAAACAUCCGAAGAUUUUCAAACAAAAAGACAAAAGAAGGGAAAAAAGGCGAAGUUACCCGAAGUAUACCCGCAUGGCUUAAAGUUUAACGUAAAUACAUACCGGCAUUUGUUGCGCAUUAAAAAUAUCAGUUCUUUAAUAUAAACACCAAGUGGAACAAAUCCAUUAAUUUCUUGAUUAUCUGUAAACUAAUUUCAGUUUUAAUAAAAAAAUUAAUGACUAUUAGUAUAAAUAAUAAAUAACUAUUGCAUUUCUCUAUAAUAAUAAUUAAUUUAUUAUUGAUUCUGAAGACGUGAACAAUGGCAGAGAAAAACGCAACUGAAAAGCAAAAUGGAGAAUGGAGCAAACUAAUUUGGCGUAUCAAAGGUCUUCAACUCAUAAAAUCUCGAAAAUUGCCAGACACCGACGAAGACAGAGUGAAACUAGCGAUUGAUUUUUUACAGAUAAAUCAAGAUUUGUUAGCAAUAAAACAUGAAUCAAAAAGUUCCGCUAAAGCAUUGGAGAUAAUAAACGAUGCAACCAAACAAAUAUCAAAAUUACAUUACAAGUCAUUGCUCAAACUGUACACUCAAGGAUUAGCUUAUUCUCCCAAUAAUUCAGAAGCAAUGGCUAAAGCUUAUGCCAAUCGGUCAGCAAUACUCUGUAAUGAACGAUUGUAUGAGAGUGCACUGGAUGACGUUGGCUCAGCACUUGAGAUCGGUUAUCCAGACAAUUUGAAAGCUAAACUUUACGUACGCCAAGCAAAAGCUGUGAUAGCACGUUUUCCAGAGACACUCCACGGUGUUGAUAAAUGUUUGAAAGAAGCUCAACUUUGGUCUGAGAAAAUGGAUCCUGAAAACAGGAAAAAGACUCAAGCCGCUAUUCAAAAACUUAAAAUAAGUAAAUCGGUACCACCGCCACGUGAACUUUGGUUUCCUUCUGAUUUUCUACCAAAUACACCACAAGGCAAUCAUAAGAUACUCCAUGCAAGUAGCGCUGUUGCAUUGGAAUACUCCAAAGAAUUUGGCAGACACGUUGUAGCAACACGCGAUAUCAAAGCCGGUGAUACUCUGUCCGUCCAUCGUUCGUACGCAUCAGCACUCUAUCCAGAAAAUAUUUACACCCAUUGCUGGCAUUGCUCUGAUAAAAUGUGGAAUCCUAUUCCAUGUGAGUCGUGCGUUGAUGUUGUUUUUUGCGGCGAACUGUGCCGUACAACUGCGUGGAAUGAGUAUCACGAUAUUGAAUGUAAACUUGUUGGAGUAAUGCGCCGUGCUCACAUGUGUCUUGGGGAGACUAUCGCUUUGAAAAUAUUGCUGAAAGCUCUGAAAGAAACUGGUAGUAUCGAUGGACUCAGAAAUAAAAUAAAAGAAAUUGAAUCUAAUUCCGAUCCACUCGCUCGUAUCUUUACUGGUGGCAGAUUUGACGACACCAAAUACGCAAGUUUUUAUUCAUUGAUGCGAUUACCUAUUGAUGAAAUAACGUCUGUCGAAUACGCACUGAAGGCCGUUGGGUUGACGUAUUUUAUAGCAGCACUUACUGAUAUAUUUGGUCGUAAAAUAAAUAAUUACACUGAUUUAUUCAAAAAUGAAGAUGCUCUGUUCAUUGCCCAAUUAAUUUAUUAUCAUCAGGUUAUUGGUCGUACCAACACAGCUAAGAUUGAAAUAGAAAAUGAAGUAGGAGAAGACAUUAGAGUAGAAGGAGUUGUAGUCCCGUUCAUUCAACUUUGUAAUCACAGUUGUGAUCGCAAUGUUUAUCAUUUUGUUGCUGAUGGAAAAAGUGCAUUGAUUGCUGUACAGCCAAUAAAACAAGGCGAACAAAUUUACUGUUCUUUGGGGCCAGAGUAUAUUCAUGUGGAGACUAAAAAAAGAAGAGCAAUACUUCAUACUAUUUAUGAUUUCCAUUGCGAUUGUUAUGCUUGUAGACAUAAUUGGCAUCCCAAUUCUUGUCACCCGUCUUGCCUGGAACAAAACUUGUCUAAGAAGGCCAAAGAAACAAUUUUAAAAGCAAAGCACAUGAUCGAACAACAAAUAUAUCCGCCAGUAACAAGAUUUAUGACGGUUGAACAAAAAAUGAUACUCAAUCUUCCCAAAAGAAUUGCUUGCCUUAUUAAAUCCCUUAACAUCCUCGGUAAAUAUUGCAAGUAUCCUAAUCUUGAACUUCUCACGAUCAAAUAUAUAUUAAUUGAUCAUUACCAUGUAGUCGAAGGUUACUAAUCUACAUCAUUUUAUUGUUUUUCAUUAUCGUUACCAUUAUGAUUUUUUUUUGUUCAUUUCAUUCCUUUGAUUUAUAAAGUAUUAUCGUUUGUUACGACGCUCAGUAUUUAACUCUUAAAUGAGAUAUUUAAUUUUUACACUUAAGUGGCUGACAAGUACCUCAGUAGAAUAAUUUUUUACAGAACAAAUAAUUGAAUAGGUAUUUUUAUAUUAAACCAUUGUUAAUUAUUUAAAUACUCAAAGACUUA